AUGAGCUGCCGAACGCCAUGGAGGCACUUUGCGUACGCUCCGCGCCGACACGGUCAUAGCAUCGGCAAUUGGCCCUCGAGCCUCUAUGCGCCGGCCUCGAAACCCCCGCCCAUUCUCACCACAGCGCAGUCGCGAUUCAUCCACAAUGACGGCCCCAAGACGUCCAAUCCGCUCGUCAACCCGCCUGCCGUGUCCCGACCGCCACCGCUCACGCUGCCGCGCCGCAGAGACUACGAGUCGGCCCCGAAAUACUACUUUGAGCUGGGAAAGGGCUACCUGAGGUUCUACAAGGACGGCUUGAAGAAUGUCUUGGCGAGCCGCCGCCUUCUCCGCGAGAAGCUCAAGCGGACCCCCGCUGACGACCGACCCUCGAUAUUCAGACCACACUACGUCCCGCGGACAUUUUCGCGAGCCGAUUGGGUCCUUCUAUGGCGGGUGCGCCACGACAUGAUCCGUCUCCCCCUCUUCGGACUCAUGCUCAUCGUCAUUGGUGAAUUUACUGUCCUGGUGGUUGCCUAUGUCGACCACUUGGUGCCAUACACCUGCAGGAUACCGACGCAAAUCUUUGCGGCUCUUGAGAAGGGCGAGCAGCGCCGAAAAGCCGCUUUUGACGAGUUCGAGAGCAAGUACCCCCACGGCGUCCUCAGUCCCCGAGUCACCCAGGACGUGGCUCGCUCUCACGUCCUCAAGAGCCUGCACAUCAGCGGUGGAAUAUGGGACAAGCUAGGCUUCACGCCGCCGGGGAUGUGGCAGGCCAAGGGCAUAUAUCGCAUGGCAUACCUGGAGGGCGACGACAAGAACAUUAUCGAGGACGGCGGGCCAACAGGGCUCGAGUACGACGAGUUGCGACUUGCCUGCGCGGAUCGCGGCAUCGAUACCCUGGGGAAGAGCGAGACGGAGUUGCGGAGCUGGUUUGGCGACUGGUUGCGAUUGACGGCAGCAGAGGAUAUCGUGGAGAGGAGACGGCGGAUGGCGGUGUUGCUCCUGACCAGACCCGAGAACUGGCCGCAGCAUCGAGACUUUGGCGUGCCUGAGUGGCAGUUGUAA